GGUAUCGAUGGUCAUCUACAUAUAUAUGGGAACUAAUCUAUCAGAUCUAGUCGCAUCGGCUGUGUACGGCUACACUGACGAGUUACAGGAGAACACGUCUACAGCUAUGCAGACAACACAAUGAAUAUACUGGAUACACUAAUCCAACACUUCUGACCUCGAUUGCUUCUUGCUACAGAUCACGAUGCAACUCGUUAGAAUCUGUUCCCGCUCCCUGAGCCUGGAAGUGAAUUCAGUGCAGGACUCUCGCGACCAGAACUCGAUCUAGCAGUCCCUUCCGCCCCCUCAUACGUCUUCCCAAAGAAAAAAGAGGACGCGUGCUGCUCAACCGCGCUAAAAGUACUUCGAAGCGUGCGCUUCAUGCUCCUCCCCCUCCGGUCGAUCUCCCCACGACUCGAACUUGGGCCUAGUGGUCCUAUACUCUCCUCAGUGCUCCUGAUCUCAUCGUGGUACAGAACGCCGUUCGUGCCGGGACCACCAUUGAACGCGGCAUGUACUGAUUCCUGUAGUUCCCUUGUCUGCGCCAUACGUGGUCGGCCCCGCGGGCGUUCUCUAUCUUCCAUCCCUCCACCAGCGCCAUUGACUCCACCAGCAUGUACUCCAUUCGCCCUAGCGUGCGGACGUGAUGGGACAGACCUAGUCAUAGGAGGAAACCCCGUUAAGUGCAAAGUGGAUGACCCUGCCUCCUGCGCCGCUGGAAAGGUCCCAGAAUCCAUCGAUUUUUGUCCCUGCCCAUUCACGACGGGUGCCGACGGAGGUGACAUGGCGCGUGAAAUCGAAGGCCCAGAGCCGCUAGCCCCCCGUCCGUGUCCGAGCUCGGCAAAGACAAGGUCAGGUGUCAGCGCGCCGCCCCGGAGUGCCGUCGACCCAUCGCUAUAUGUCCGAAAGAAACCGGCUGCACUGCCAUCACUCGGGGCGGGAGAGGAGGGUGGAGGCGGCCCAAAGACUGGUCGUGAAAGAAAAGGCACCCAACGUGAACGGGCAGAAGAUGCAAGUCCGGCGGAAGGGGCAGAUGGUCCUGGAGUGGACGUGCUUGCACCAGACCGUUGAUCCCAAACAAGUGCAGUGGGAAGCUCGUUGGUAUCGGGAGAGCGCGAUGUAGAAGCAGGGGGUUGAGAAGAUGUUUGCAAUUGGGACGUCGAUGCCCCGCUGCCGUUGACUUGUGCAAAGCGGCUCAGAUCGCUGUCUGUUGGCCCUGGGUU